GUCAAAGCAACAUUGAAUUUUAAUAGCUAAAAAGACUAAAGAAAUUAUUUACAUGAAUAACAUUUGUCCAUUGCCUGUUCGUGAUAUAGAACCAGUAAGCUUUAGAAUAAUAUUGGUGGAUAGAAUACUUCAGUCAUGUAUCUAACUCAGGGCAGAGGGGUAGUAGCAUUUUACAUAAUUGAUUUAGUCACUGGAGUUAAUCAGAGUGGCAAGUUAUUAUUCGAAAUCUCAAUUAUAUCAAUCUACCUAGGCAAAUCAUCUUAUAUCUCCAAGUUGAAUAUUUUCAAAAAUAAUCUUGAUAUUUUCCAUAUUCAUACGAACAUAUUUGUGAAUCUAUCUCAACAUCUAUAAUUCUCAUCAUGCCGAGUCAGCUUGUCAAAGGGAAAACGACCAAGAUAUUGGUCUUAAAUCCUAACUCAUCCCAGGCAAUGACCGACGGUAUGCUGACCGUCAUCAAUUCUUUAGAUUCAGCAUAUUCAACCGAAAUUCACACAUACACCGGACCUUCCAGUGCUCCCGCCAGCAUCAAUGACGGGAAUGAUCUCGAAGAGAGUACCAAAGCCGUAUUAGCAGACCCAUCAUUCCUAGACUCCCCCUUCGACGGCGUCGUAGUAGCAUGUUUCAGCGCUCAUCCCCUCGUCCCCUCACUACAAAACCGUGAGCGCCAUCUAGCCGUCACCGGAAUCUUCGAGGCUAGCAUCCAAGCCGCUCUAUCUCUCCUCCGACCCAGUGAGACCUGGGGCAUCGUCACAACGGGCAAAUUCUGGGAAAAGCAUUUAACCGACGGCGUGAAGGAAUACGUAGGUGCCUACAAAGUCGACGAAAACGAAAAGUUCGCCGGGGUGGAGUCUACAGGGCUGAACGCUUCCGAUUUCCACCAUGGUGUUGAUCCCGCGGUCAUACGGCAGAAGCUUAAAGAAGCUACUAAAAGGCUUCUUGCCAAGUCCGAAAUAGCGUGUAUUGUGAUGGGAUGCGCGGGAAUGGCUGGUCUGGAGGAAAUCAUCCGGGAGGCCGCGAAGGAAGAAAUGGGAGAGAAAUUCGCAUACAAUGAAUUGCACGUAAUAGAUGGUGUCAGGGCGGGUAUUAUGCAAGUCGAGCAACAGAUCAGAUACCACAGAUUGAUACCUGGGAGAUCAUGAUCAUUAUAUCACCUUGGAUAAAAUAUGUCGGAUUCCGCUGUGUA